AUGGUAUCUGCAGGAGGAGCAACUCAGCAGGAUAUAAACAAACCAGGAGAUUUCUUUUCUGUGGAGCUUCCUUCCCUAAAUGACAGAGAAGCUCUGAGGAGAGGUGCUGUAUUGCACCCCAUCCUCACUGAAAAGGAUGGUGUCAUGUUGAAUGUGAAUGUGAAAGGAAGCAUUGGCAUCAGUGUCCAUGAGAUGGAGGGAGAAUUUACAUUUGAGGUGAGUCUUGUGGAAAAUUACAGUGUGCGUAAAGAGACGGUGGGCCUGGGGCAGUGCUGGAGUGGUAUAAAAGCGGGCCCAAAUCCUCUCUCAGUCAUUCGCUCCUCUUGCCUCCAUCUCCCAGGGAACCAGGUGCCCCUCCAGACACAAGACAUGUCCUGCUACGACCAGUGCGUGCCACGCCUGCCCUGCCAGCCCUGCGGCCCCACCCCUCUGGGCAGCAGCUGCAACGAGCCCUGCGUCAGGCAGUGCCAGGACUCCAACGUCUUCAUCCAGCCCUCUCCCGUGGUGGUGACCCUGCCCGGACCCAUCCUCAGCUCCUUCCCGCAGAACACCGCUGUGGGAUCCUCCACCUCCGCUGCCGUUGGCAGCAUCCUCAGCUCUGAGGGCGUGCCCAUCUCCUCUGGAGGCUUUGGCCUCUCUGGCAUUGGCAGCCGCUUCAGUGGCAGGCGGUUCUUCCCCUGCUAA